UAUCCACGUGUAGCUGACAAAAUGGAGGUCGAAGAACAAGCCACCGUUCCGGAUCAAGAAGAAACGAAGCCUGAACCACCAGAAAGCAACGUGUCCUAUACCUUAGAAGUUUUACAGAUUAUCAAGGAGUCUCAACAACAGCAUGGUUUGAGGCAUGGAGACUACCAAAGAUACAGAAGCUACUGUUCCCGGAGGCUGCGUAGAAUACGAAAGUCUCUCAAGUUUGUCUACGGCAACCGGAACAAAUACGUCUCUCGGAAGAUCAAAGAAGAGACCAUUAUGAAUGUUAGGUUUUUAUACCUUCCUCUGAUCUGUGCGGAGCGUUGCUGGGCCUACAUGAUGCAAUUGAAGCAGGAAUCCAACACGGAGCCCAGGAAGAGGUUCCAUCUCAUGGCUAGGCUACUGAAGGCUGUGCGCUAUGCCGAAGAGCUGGAGACGCUGUCACAGAGUGACAAAUGCGACGCUAGGUCCAAGCUGGAAGCCCAGGCCUACUGUGCAUGGAUGAAGGGAACGUUGUACUUUGAGAAGGAACAAUGGGAGGAAUGCAUCAAAAUGUUCAGCACGGCUCAGAACAUUUAUGAGAAGCUAGCUAGCACCUUCAGUGAGGACCAACGGCUGCUCUACCUUCAGCGUGUGGAAGAGAUCACCCCCAGCAUCCGUUACUGCGCGUACAACAUUGGGGACCAGACUGCCAUCAAGGACCUGGUACAGCUGAGGCUCAAGUCUGGUGGCAUGAUGUCUUCCAAUAUCGAUAGCCUUUUAGCACAGACAAGAGAGAAGCAGGCACUAACGCUCAGUGAAGUGACUUGGAGAGGACGACUUGUGCCUGUCAAAAACGAACAGGUGCGAGCAUUUCUACUGAGUUGUGAGGAGAACGAGAAGCAGUUGAAGAGUUCCAGCGAUCCUGAAAGUCAGAUGUCUAUCUAUGAGAGUCUACUCAUGGAGUGUAAGGAUGCCCUACAGAUACUCAGGGAUGAGAUCAAGGCUGACCCUGCUGUGAAACAGCGGGCCCAUAAAUCCGACGGCCCCAUCCCUAGCUCCCAGUAUCUCUACACAUACCUCAUGUACAUUCGCUUGACCAAGACAAUAGAACGCAACAUGCUCAUGGUAGAAACGUUGAAGGAGAACCUGCCAGAGGCCGGCAUGGCAGUGGCAGGGCCCACAACACAAGGCAGUACCAACAAUAAGAAAGUCACCAAGCCACAGGAUCUCAUCAGAAUAUACGACACUAUAUUGCAGAACCUUGCUGAAAUCCCCCAGCUUGCUGGACUGGAGGAUGAUGACAACCUUCAGCAGGAAAUCAAAGCCAAAUCAUUGAAAUUCAAGGCAUUUAGGUGUUUCUAUUUGGCCCAGUCUUACACUGCCUCCAAGAAGUGGCGUGAAGCCUCAGCCCUGUAUGAGAGGGUCUUAAAACACAUUGAGACUGCCAAUAAGGAAUUCAAGAGAGUCAAAGGCAAAACAAAGAAUGAAUUGGCGGAGCUGAAGCAUUUAACUCAGAAGGUGAAUGGUUUGAAGUACUCAGCUCAUGCAUUGUCAAUUCUUGACUCCGAAGAAAUCACGGAAGGCGUAGCACAGCUGGAGGUCACCAAGGACAAGCGAGCGGUCAGUGAGCGGCUGCACAAGUACCAGGAUGGCCCCGAGCUGGCCACUGGCAAGCCCAACCUGGUGCCCUUCCCACCCGACUUCCAGCCCAUUCCCUGUAAGCCUUUGUUCUUCGACAUCGCUCUCAACCAGGUUGAGCUGCCAUCCCUGGAGGACAAACUGGAGCAGAAACCAGCAGCUGGAGGGAUAACAGGAUUCUUGAAAGGAUGGUGGGGUGGUGGGAAGAAAUGAAAACAAAACCUACAAAAUAAAAGGAUUCUUCUAGAUUUAAAUCAAGCCUAGUGACCAUUGUAACCAAACUGCUAAUUUAAAACUGCUAAAAAACAUCUAUGUGACAGGGUCUGGUUCCAAUAAGCUGGUGCCAAGUAGGCAAUAUUUCUAAGCAGAAAUAUGCAUUAAGCAAACAUUACGACAGGCAGUGUACCCUGUAUGGCAUGCUGAAGGAUAACUCGUCGUUGGUACCUUCCUUGGCAGCUGAAUGCAACCAGGCCGUGAUCCUACCAUUUAAAGUAUUUCUUAAAUAGAAUUGGUUCCCCAUUUUGAAGUGAAUCCACCAGACAUGUAUAGAAUUUCCUACUCUCAAAUUCGGCAUUGUACUAGCUAUAGUUAUGCUCAUCAAAGGAUUAUCCCUCCUGCCGUCUCCUUCAAAAGUCCAUUCGCUAUGCAGGAACGAUGGAAUAGCAAGAAUAAAGGUAAAAACCAGCUCUGGCAACUUGA